AUGGCUACUAGUACCUCAAACGUCUCAUGGGCCGACUGUCAGAUCACAACAGAAACAUUCAAACAAGUCGGCCCCCACCCCAUCAAAGUCGACAUAGUAUUGCCACCGGGCCUCAAAGAAGGCAAACAUCCUCUCAUCAUCGCCUACCACGGGGGCUAUCUCAUCGCAGGCGCACGUAACUUCUACUUCAUGAUGGCCUCCUGGCUCCCCAGCUACGCGGCAUCUACCAACGCCAUCCUCAUCUCACCGGACCAUCGACUCCUCCCGUCCGCCAGCGUCGCCGAGAUUCUCUCCGACCUCGAAGACCUCUGGCUCUGGGUCCACUCCUCCCUCCCAUCAAUCAUUGCCUCUCACACACCCUUGAGCAAGCAUUCCAUCGAUCUCAACCAUAUCCUCCUAGAGGGGAAUUCAGCCGGUGGCUUCAAUGCAGCCCAUCUCGCACUCACCCACCACGCCCAGAUCCGCGCCGCAAUCCUCGUCUACCCGAUGGUAGAUUGCCUGAUGGACCAUUUCACCAUUGGGCCACCCGAGUCCCAGCUCAGCGAAGAUGAGGAUCGGACACUGUGGAAGGGCGAUGUGCUCGACCGCAAGAUCGAGCAGGCUCGCACGGCCGGAUGCGUGACGACCCGCGUCGACGCGGAGGGCAGACUGCUUACGCGCUCGAUGGCGAAACGAGGCAAAUUGGGUACCUUCUUUAAAUCGGAUCCGCGGACGAAUCCUCUCACUCGGGUUCUGGAUCCGCUGGAGACGGACGGUCUGCCGACGAAAGUAGUAUCUGGCAGAUGGAUCUUGCAGGGAAAGGACGACACAGGCGUGCCGCCGGAAGGGUCGAUAGCCUUUGAGAAAGCCGUCCUGCAGAAUUCGUGGUCGACCGAGCUGAUUCUCGAUGUCAUUCAUGAUGAACCUAGCGAGCACGGCUUCGAUCGGACGUGGACCAUGGCGGACGAGAAGUUGACGAAACGCUUGGACUGGAUCAAUCAAGCAUGGCUGUGA